AUGGGCGACAGCCAGGGCGUGGUGAAGUUGGAUUGGAACUUUGAAGGAUGGAGGGACAAAACAAAGGCCAUAAAAGAGGAGAUCAAGCGACAAAGCGAAGCCAAUGAGUUGUUCUUCGUCAAAAAUGCCAAAAAGAUCAAUCUGGCCGAUCUCCAAGAGAGCACUGGUAAUAUUUACACGUUUGGAAUCAUGGGAAUGAGUGGGUCUGCUGUGGUCAAUCUUCUGCGUCACGUGAUCAUGGAAUACCGAGAGAAAGACAGCGGUCCUUUCUACCUCAAGUUUGCCGCUGAUAAGAAAUUCAAAGUUGAGCUUAUGCCGACGCCACUUUUACCCGGAAAUGGACUGAUAAAAGUUGUCGGGCGAUUAAAAUACUAUGAUUAUCCAGAAAUGUGCACUUUGUUGUCCAAAAGCGGGGUGACAAGCAAAGGCCUUGGAGAUAUGUGCUACAAAUUGAACACAAGUGGCAUGAAAUCAGCGCUUUUCAACGCUGUAAGCCCCAUGAACGAACUGCACUUUAUGCUACUUUUCGAAAUCGCGAGGAGGUUGGUACGAGGUGCAGAUUGGAAGCCAAUCUCGACUGAUCCGCCGCUAGAUCUGCUUCCGGUCGGCGUAAUCAUCGGGCGCAUAAUUGAGAUGUUGCGCCUGGAAAAAGACGCGGCACUAAGCUAUGAAAGAUUAUUUGGAGCACAACAGGAGCUAAACUGGUUUACAGAACCCAAUAUCAUCCUGAAGCGGAAGAAGAUGCAAGCCAUCAAUAGUUUGUAUUUCGAAAAGUUUGUGAGGGGGCAGGCUGAUGAGGUACCCUUCAUUCGAAGAUUUCUGGAGGAAAACAAAAAUGGAUACAUUAUAAAAACUUUACAGGGCUAUCUUGACGAGUUAGAGGAAGUAUUUGGCAAAAUGUGA